AUGGCCGAUAGAUUAACGCGUAUUGCCAUCCUAAAAGAAGACCGUUGCAAGCCGAAGAAGUGUCGUCAAGAAUGUAAAAAGAGCUGCCCGGUUGUCAAAACUGGUAAGCUGUGUAUUGAGGUCACUUCUGCAUCCAAGAUUGCGCAAAUAUCGGAGGAGCUAUGCAUAGGGUGUGGGAUAUGUGUUAAGAAAUGCCCAUUUGAUGCAAUUGAGAUCAUCAAUUUACCAAAGGAUUUGGAUAAAGAUACAACUCACCGUUAUGGUGUCAAUACCUUCAAAUUACACAGGUUGCCUGUCCCACGACCAGGGCAAGUUCUUGGUUUGGUGGGAACAAAUGGAAUUGGGAAGUCUACAGCCCUCAAAGUUUUGGCCGGAAAAUUGAAACCCAAUUUGGGGCGUUUUAAUAACCCUCCAGACUGGCAAGAGAUUUUGACAUACUUUCGUGGAUCUGAGUUGCAAAACUACUUCACGCGUAUUCUCGAAGAUAAUCUAAAGGCUAUCAUAAAACCCCAGUAUGUCGACCAUAUUCCAAAAGCAGUUCAAGGGAAUGUUGGACAAGUGCUUGAACAAAAGGACGAAAGAGAUGUGAAGGCAGAGCUUUGUGCUGAUCUCGAGCUGAAUCAGGUUAUAGAUCGUAAUGUUGGAGAUUUGUCUGGUGGAGAGCUUCAGAGGUUUGCGAUUGCUGUUGUUGCCAUACAGAAUGCAGAAAUAUAUAUGUUCGAUGAGCCCUCAAGUUAUCUUGAUGUGAAACAAAGGCUUAAAGCUGCUCAAGUUAUCAGAUCCUUGCUUAGACCUAAUAGCUAUGUGAUUGUUGUUGAACAUGAUCUAAGUGUGCUUGAUUACCUAUCAGACUUCAUUUGCUGCCUUUAUGGGAAGCCUGGUGCAUAUGGUGUUGUAACGCUGCCCUUUUCUGUCAGAGAAGGGAUUAAUAUAUUUUUGGAAGGUUAUGUGCCCACAGAAAAUCUUCGUUUUCGUGAUGAAUCUCUUACUUUUAAGGUUGCUGAGACACCACAGGAGACUGCCGAGGAAAUUGAAACAUAUGCACGCUACAGAUACCCCACUAUGUCUAAAACGCAGGGUGGUUUCAAACUUAAGGUGCUUGAGGGUGAAUUCACAGACUCACAGAUCAUAGUAAUGCUUGGUGAGAAUGGAACAGGAAAGACAACAUUUAUCCGUAUGCUGGCUGGUUUACUGAAGCCUGAUACUGUGGAAGACACUGAUGUAGAGAUACCUGAGUUUAAUGUCUCUUAUAAGCCCCAAAAGAUCAGUCCCAAGUUCCCUCACUCAGUCAGGCAUUUGCUGCAUCAAAAGAUUCGUGACUCAUAUAUGCAUCCUCAGUUUGUAUCAGAUGUCAUGAAACCUCUUCAAAUUGAGCAGCUAAUGGAUCAAGAGGUUGUGAAUCUUUCUGGUGGGGAACUGCAAAGAGUUGCAUUGUGCCUGUGCCUUGGCAAGCCUGCUGAUAUUUAUCUGAUAGAUGAACCAAGUGCAUACCUCGAUUCCGAGCAGCGUAUUGUUGCUUCAAAAGUUAUAAAGAGAUUUAUACUACACGCUAAGAAGACUGCCUUUGUGGUUGAACAUGAUUUCAUAAUGGCAACUUAUCUAGCAGACAGGGUGAUCGUUUACGAAGGGACACCAUCUGUUGACUGUACUGCAAAUGCACCUCAGUCGUUAUUGACCGGCAUGAAUCUCUUCUUAUCUCAUCUGAACAUUACGUUUAGGCGGGACCCAACUAAUUUUCGACCAAGAAUCAACAAGCUUAAUUCAACAAAGGACAGGGAGCAGAAAUUUGCUGGGUCUUACUAUUACCUGGAUGACUAAUUUGUCGAUGACUUCACCAUCAAAACCAGCUGUGGGUGGUGGUGGGUUUAUCUCCGGUCAAUAUGGUUAUGGAAGAGUUUUAGAUAGCAUUGCUUGUACUAGUAAAGUGCAUCCAUUUUCAUUUGUUUUCCAGUUGUUCGUGAUUCGGCAAAUGACUGAUAACGGACUCAUCUUUUUUAACUGGUGAUUUUGAGCAAGUGAUUUUUUUUUUGUGGAGCUUUCGGUCUCGAUUGUGUUAUUUUCAUGUUGGAAACGGUUUCCUUU